AUUGGAGUGUACGGGGAACUUCCUGGACUUUGGGCGUAAACUGCAGCGUCUUUCUUAGUGGGUUUCCAAUGCGGCCAUGGGUCUGGCGCAUUUGAAGACUCUUCUGGUCGUUUUUUUCGCCUUAGACAUCACAGUGGCACAAGUGGCACCACCAAGCAACGUGACGCUGCACUGCGGCAACCUGCAGAACAAAUUGGUGUGGAGUUAUGACGACCCGCCUCCAGGACUCCAAUUCAGGGUGGAUGUUGGCCAGUUGUCAGACUCAAAUGGAGCCAUCGAUCCUCUGUGGGUGGACCCCCCCGAGCUCCAAGCUGACGUGUCCUUUCUCUCGGACCCGAGAAAUGAUUACCUCUUGACUGUGACCGCAGUCCUUGGGGAGAACCAGUCCGAUCCCGCUCCAGCAGACGGCAUCGUCUUCAGCUACUACAUGGACUCUCCAGCAACCCAGCGAUGUUCUUUGGACCUGCCGCCUGUGACCGUGUUGGAACAUCAGGAUCACACCAUCCUGCUCAGCUUUGAGCAUCCGUGGCUGUUUUACCACCAGAGACUUCCUCCUGCUUUGGACUCCAGACGCAGAGAGAAGAGAAGACACAAGCAGCCCGACAACCCUCUGCCUGUCUUCAAAUAUGACGUCACCAUCAACAAGAAGCAGUUUGCCGACCUGAGCUGCUUGGAGCAAGUGUGCGAGCGGAAGCUCCCGGUGGACGCAGCCCAGGAGAAGCAUUGUGUGACCAUCAGGGGGGAGCUGGAGAAAAUUAGCGUUCACGGGACACAGGACUUCUGCGCCCGUCCUUUGAGGGGAAACAAAGUAGUGGUUGUGUCUGUGACGGUGUCCCUUCUGGUCCUGGCUGUUGUUUCUGCCGUCCUUAUCAUGUACUGCAGAAAACGCACCAAAGCCACAUUCUCGCCACCAUCCCUCCUGGACUUCACAGACCGUCCCCACUCAUGCACCAUGAGUCUUGUCCAGGAGACGCCUGAUGUGCCCAAAAUGGGGUUCUGCUCGACCUCUGUGCAGGAUGAAGCACUGCCCGACGACCCCACUGCCGAGCCAGACAGCCCGUUUAGCGAGGAUAGUGAUGGAGAUGUGGCAGAGGAGCAGCAGGAGGAAGAGGAGGGUUACAUGGGCGGGGAAAACUUGGAAAACUAUGUGCACGAGUCCGAGAACGCGUAUGAGAGACGUUGUGACGUCUAGUCCAAAGAAGAAGCCACAAAUGUGCGACUGGCUGGAGUUUAAGUGUCGUAGGUAGUAUUACUUCAGCAUUACUCUAUCAUGGCGUAGAACAGUAACAUCCCGCCCUCCUUUGAUGGUUAGUAUUCAGUCCUGAGUGUAAAAGGUUACUUUUAGUAUAUUAGGGCUGUCAAAGGUAACACAUUAAUGACAAUUUCCUUAACGGCACCAUUAUUUUUUUAUGCGUGCAUGUCCUGUUUGACCCUCGGCCCACACCGUAGUUUGAGGAAAUGCAAUGUGCAUGUGGAGCCACAAGCGGGAACAAAGAUUGACCAGAAACGGGCAAAGAAAAGAGUAUUUUGAAUGACAGAUGCCUCCUUCAACGAGACCAAAGUUAUUUGCAUCUGCUGUCGCUGUGAGUUGAGUUUUCACGGAGGACGUCACGUCUCAAAUGCCAUGGAAAAGAGGGAAGUUACUGGUGCCAAGUUAUCUUGGCUUACGAGAGUCCUAAC